AUGCACCUCACCGUCUUCACCAUUGCGCUUGCGAGCCUUGCCAGAGUGGCGACUGCUGGAGUUGCCGUUGCACCUCGAUCGGACAUCUCUCUUUUCACCCGAGUUCCCCAGGCGCCCGCGCCUGCCAAAGGCACUUCUACCAAGGUCGCGACGACACCCGAGACCUCAGACCCGCAUGACAACUUCGACCCCAAAGUGAUCAUUGGAGGAACAGUUCAGUGCUUAGCUGCAACUGCUCCGUCGAAGAACGAUCAGCUCAUUGCAGAGCUCUCUAUUUGCGGAGGUAUCAAGGCACCCAUCAACAACUGCCCAGGCACGGAACAGAAAUCGACCGGAACGUCAGGCAAGGCUCUGUGGACGCUGGAGGCUGCUGCUGGGGAGAAGAUCAACAUCUUCAAGGGCAGAUGGGAAGAGUGCUGCAAUGCUGGUCGAGCCACAUGUAAGGGAAAAGCAUUCUCAUUGCAGUGCGAGAACGGCACGGAUGCUGGCAACCCGGUUACCAUCACGCUUUCAAGUGUGUAA